CACACACUGAGACGGACAGAGAGAGUUCUGUGCGCAGCUCUUUCCGCCCUGUGGCCCCCAGAUGCUGCGCUCGGAGCUCCGGGUUCUGCGCCUCUCCCAGCAUGUUCCUCCCGGAUGUGGCUCCUCAGUGCGCGCUCGUGCUCGGGUUCACCUGGCUGGCCGCGCUCGCGCACACACCUCCGCAGACCUCAGGUUACCUGUUGCACGCGUUGCGUAACUACACAGACGAGGUGUGUGAUGGUGAUCGUCUGACUAUACGCUGCCCUCCCAGAACCAGCAUCGCCGUCCAAUCCGCUUUCUACGGCAGGAAAAGCUCCGCCCUCUCUCUGCUCUGCCCACCUCCGACACGCCCACUGAGUGAUGUCACUUCCUGUCAUGUGGCAACGGCGCUGCAGAAGAUGACCGACGAGUGUGAGGACAGGAGGAGUUGUGAGCUGUUGGUGAACAGUCGAUUGUUUGGAACAGAUCCGUGUCCUUCCAUCAGCAAAUCUCUCACUCUGCAGUACAAAUGCAGACCCAAUGAGUAUAAGAGUAAGGCGGUGUGUGAGGGCGAGAAGUUGAGGGUGAGCUGUAAGACCGGGAUGCAGAUCGCCGUGUUCUCGGCCAUGUUCGGACACACGAAGGAGGACAAGCAGGACUGUUCUCCACACCACUGGAGGGCGCCAUCUGUCGACUGCCGAGCGGAAGGGGCCCUGCAGGUGAUGACAUCACGUUGCCACGGGAAACGCACGUGUGUGGUUCGAGCCUCGGUGCAGGAGUUUGGAGACCCCUGUUACGCUGGGACUCGCAAAUACCUUAGUGUGAUGUACACCUGUGUUCCUAAGAAGCUCCUGCAGGAUUCAGGUCAGACCCCCUCGCUCGCCCCGCCCCUUCCCCAACCCCAUGACCCCAACGUGGUGGGAGACAGCGCACCCCCUGAGGAAAACCCGUCUGUGACCUCUGAUCCGCCACCAGGGAAGUCUAAGCGAGGGAAGUCUGGCCCAGACUCGGAGGAGAACCUCGGGUCUACAGAACGAGAGAGAGACAGCCGUACGGAGGCGUCCCCCGCGGAGCCGAAUCCUGCCAUCCGCUCUGUGUUCACGAAGAAGAUGGCGCUCAUCAGCAACGGCCUGGCUGCCUACACCUACAUCACUGAGCACCCGGAGCGCUGUGCGCUGUACUUCAUGUGUGGUGUGUGUGUGGGUCUGUUCCUCACACUCUUCGCACUGGUGGUGCAGAUCUCCUGCAGGACGGAGUGUAAGCAGAGGCGGCAAGCCGUCGCCAAGAAACGUCCCCGUCCGGCUGACUCGGACUCGGAUUCCGACUCUGAUUCGGACUGGGACUCGGGCUCGGACCUGUCGUCGCGGCGACGGCGGCGCUUCGAGCGCACCCUGAACACGAACGUGUUCACCUCGGCGGAGGAGCUGGAGCGGGCUCAGCGCCUGGAGGAGCGGGAACGGAUCAUCCGCGAGAUCUGGAUGAACGGACAGCCUGACGUCCCAGGGACACGGAGCCUCAACCGCUACUAUUAAACGCGCGCGCACACACAAGUACACACACGUACACAUACACACAACAUAAAAGUGUGGAUAUUGCUGGGAUCUGUAGUGUUUACAAAGGACACGACCAGAAACUGACCUGUACGAGUGCCUGCUAACACUUAACCUUUAGUACCCUGAGGUCAAAGGUCACUCUAAUAUGAGGACCUCCCUGGAGUUUAAAGGACGCUAACAAGCCUGGUUGUGGGCAGCUCAGAAAGGACCAAGUGGCGUUCUGAUUGGUCCUCUGGCGUUCUGAUGGGUCCGUUCUUUGUGUCUGUCAGAACAGGAGGCGGGACUCUAGAGGACAAGACUAAACUUCAGCUACAGUGAGUCUGAAGACUGUGUGAAACAGGAACGUGAUUAAUUUUACCCAUCAGCCCAGGUGACAGUCUCGAAAGCGCCACAGAGCGAGUUUGACUUGUGUGUGCGGCUCGCUGGCUCCCUCUACAGGUCGAACUGGAACACACACCUUGAGUGAAAUGACGCUUUGCCUUUAAAAACAACAACAACAACAAAAAACAUAUCUAUCUAUCUAUAUAUACAGAAACGCUUGGAAUUCAUCUCAGCCCUUAUAAAGUUUAUAUUUUGAAUAUUUAAUAUUUUGUGUAAUUUCUUCUCUGGAUAGUUAUGAUGUAUUUUUAUACUGUGGCAGCUCAGGGAUGUAAUCUGAGUGUUUCCUUGUAAAUCGAUGCUGAAGAUCUAAUUCCUGGCGAAAAACUAAAAGGAAUUAGCGAAACAUGUUGAACGGUAAACCUCAAAGAGGUUGUGUUUAUCGCAAGUGUGUGUUCGCGCAGGAUGUUAUGUUUUUAUGCAAAUCAAUCAAGUCAUGUGCCUUAUUCAGAACAGAGGACACGUCGUAAUGCUGCCUAGCUCCGCCCACUUUGGUGGUUGUGGUGUGUUUUGACUCCGUCUCGGUUCCACCUAUUCACCUCGCUCGGCUACAACCUUUAAAUCCAUGCUUUACGAUGUUCAGCUAAAGGCCUCAUGGUACCACUGAAACCAUGGCAACAGGAAUACGAUAAUUGGUACAUGACCACUGACGUGAUUGGUCGAGGAUCGGUUUAAGUGACGCGACGUUUGACAAGCGGGUGUAAACACCGCACAGGGUUAGACGGCGCCACCUACUGAAAGCCAUCAGGGAUUUUUCCACCUGUCGUCAUGGCAACCUGGUUUCUUAGCCGUUCACUAGCACUCGAGAUGAAGUAAAACAACGCAGAACAUGUAUACGAGACGGAUUUUAAUCUAAUCCUGUCACUCUGCUUAUAAAGAGGAAUGGCAAAAGCUGGAGUAAUAGCACGCGAAACCACACCCUCUAGACGCUCAAGUCUAACUCCGCCCACUGCAACCAGGCCGUGGAGUACAAGCGUGUUUAACAGGUUUACGUUCAGGCGCUUUUAAUUAGCGUUUUUACCCGAUGCAUUUCCAUUCACGUAUGUAAUAUUUAAAAAUAGCUUUAAAGUAAAAAAAAAAAAAAAAAAAAGUCACAUGGUGCAGCUGUAUAGAUACAUAGAGAUACUGUAUAUGUAACUAAAACACACACAACCAAAGAGGACAUUUUGUGUGUUUAGGUUGAAGAAAAUCACAGAAAACGCCAAAAGCACUUAUUGAAGAUGAAUAGAUGAACCCAAAAUAUUCAUCUAUACGUUUUUCGUUCAUCAGCAAAAAAAUAAAUAUAUAAAUAUAUAUAUACAUAUUCAUGACACACACUUCCUGUAUGAUAAUAUUCCUCACUAUAAUCAUUCAACGUUGAAUUUUCGCCUCAGUGUAGUUACAGAAAUUCAAACAUGUUUUAUUGUUUGCUUCUUCUUCUCCUUCAUUGUUGUUUAACGUCGGUUAGAAUCCAGUAGGUUACAUUAUCGCCAGCUCCAGGUGUCAUUCUCCCUCGUCCUCCCAGCCCCUUAAAGAUGAUUUUUCAGGCCAGCCUUCCCUAAAAUGUCUAAUGCAUCCUUCUCUUAUCCAGUCCCAUUGUUUUGCUUUUUUUUACUUUAUUAUAAUUGCAGUGCUAUUAAGGUUUUGCAUUUCAAUUACACCUAACCAAUCAGCGAUGAGCUGUUAUGACCUCAUACCCAUGUCACAGGAAGUCCUCCUGGUCUAGAGCUGGAACCUUCGGUACACUACGAGGAUGAGCAGACGAUAUAGAGAACAGCACAUUUCCCGCUGUGUUCAUGCUUUUUUUUAGAACAUAAUUUGAAAAUGUCCGACCCUUUGCACUGCGAUGACACCAGCAAUCAAAGUUUUUUCCCCCCAGACGGAUUCUUCGCAGUUUGCUGUAAAAGUAGCGGUUCAUAUGAUUGAAUAGGGGUUGCAGUGCAGUCGGCUACGCUUGUAGGGAGCAUUUUCUCUUCAUACAGGAAGUACAGUGUUACUGAGGAAGGAGCGCUGUACUGUACAGGAGUGUGUGUUAGUAAUUUAUACCAGCUAGAGCGCACUGGGGAGUCAGGAAUAACGUCCAGAGGAACCUGUUUGUGUUCUUGCAACCAGUGCUUUACAUGCAUUAACCAGAAAAAGAUGUUUGGAAUAAAUUUCUAAUAACAUUGUUGGUGUCAUAUUUUUAUUAUUAUUAUUAUUAUUAUUAUUUUAAAGAUAAGCAUGCCCUCUAGUGGCAAAAUCCCAUAUCACACAGCACAGCAAAAAGCAUAUUAAAGCUGAUAAAUAAUUUUA